AGUUAAUCCUAUCCUAUAAAAAUGAAGAGGCAGAGAGAGCCUAUUCCUUUCUGAAAAUUCUCAAGCUAAACCAAUAGCGAAAGCCUUGGGCGAUUCCAAUUUCCCAAAGGUUUUGUGGUCUUCCAAAAUCCCACCUAUUAAUUGGUCUGACUUUGCUCCUCCUCUCUCUCUCUCUCUCACAAACACACACACACACACUCCUUUACUGUAAAGACGCAAGAAACAUGCACGAUCAAAAACCCUCCCAUCUCCCACAUUUGGAUUCAACUUAACAUCACAAAGAACUAGCUCCAGCCUCCAAGUGGGGAUUUGCGCAGAAAAGAACACAGCAGAAAUUUGAGAGGUUGUACUUGUACUCGAAUACGGUGAUGAAGAGCAAAGGCAAGAAGAAGAAGACGGUGAUAAACAAGGAAGAAGACUCUGAAGACUGGUGCUUCGUUUGCAAAGAUGGCGGUGCUCUUCGCAUAUGUGAUCACAAGGAAUGUUUAAAAUCUUAUCACCCUUCUUGUGUUGAAAAGGACGAUUCGUUUUUAGAAAGUGAAAGCCGCUGGAAUUGUGAUUGGCAUACUUGCUCCAUUUGCCGUAAAUCUUCCAACCUUCACUGUUAUACCUGCCCAACUGCUGUUUGCCGUCGCUGCCUUCCCCGUGCAGAAUUUUUCAAAGUUAAAGGGCAAUAUGGAUUCUGCAAGCUCUGCCUACAUGAUGCUAUACUUAUUGAAGAAAAAAAAGAUUAUGACUCUGAUGGGAACAAGAUGGAUUUUAGAGAUCGGGAGACGCGUGAGGGUUUGUUUAUGGAAUAUUAUCAUAUCAUCAAGGAAGAUGAAGGACUUGAGCCUCAGGAUCUUUAUGCUGCAAAAAAAGGGAAGAAGACUAAAAAACUACCCGAAUCUAGCUCAGAAGAGUAUGAAGAAGAAGAAGAAGAAGACGAAAUAUCUGAUUAUGAUGAUGCAGAGCAUGUAAAAAAAUGUAGGAGAACAUGUAGUCAAAAGAAAUCUGGGAGAAAGAACUCUGGAAUGAAGACACCAAUGAGAUCAAGUAAAGAUGAUUUUAUUGGCUGGGGCUCAAGAUCCCUUAUUGACUUUCUCAGCUCAAUUGGUAAAAGGACUGAUAAAAAAUUGUCUCAGCAGGAUGUGACUUCAAUAGUGAAUACGUAUGUAAAAGAAAAUAAUCUACUGCAUCCAGAGAAAAGAAAGAUGAUAUUAUGUGAUGCUCGCCUACAGUCUCUUUUCAGGAAGAAACAAACAAAUAAAAAUAAAGUGUAUGAUCUUUUGGAGGUCCAUUUUGCAGAGAACUAUGAUGAAUCAGAAAAAGAUGAGUUGGGAUAUGAUUCAGAGGAUGAUGAUUCAGGCAUUUUAGAUGUAUGUAAGAACCAAAGAAAGUUGAACACAGUGAGAAAAUCCCCGAAAGAAGAGCUAGCAAAUAAUGUGCCAUUUGGUUGUUUUGCAUCCAUUGUAGUCGAAAAUGUAAAACUUGUUUACUUGAGGAGGAGCUUGCUACUUGAACUGCUGAAGCAGCCUAAAUCAUUUGCAGAAAAGGUUGUUGGAUGCUUCAUUCGCGUUAAGUCCGAUCCUUAUGAUUAUUGUUCAAGGAAUUCUCAUCAACUAAUUCGAGUUAGAGGUGUAAGAAACGUUUCAGUUGGUCAAAGUAAUAUGGAGGCAGAGGCCAUCCUUCUAAUUUCAGCUAUUCGUAAAGAAAUUAGCAUGAGUCAGCUUUCAGAUGAUGAUUUCUCCGAGGAAGAAUGUGAAGACUUGAGACGAAAAGUAUUAGCUGGUCAGCUUGAAAGGCCUACAGUGGAGGAUCUUCAACAGAAAGCCAAUAAUCUUCAUGUGGAUCUAACAAAGCAUUGGAUAACUAAAGAGUUGGCCUUGCUGCAAAAUCGCAUUGAUAAAGCCAAUGAGAAAGGAUGGAGACGCGAACUUUUUGAGUACCUGGAGAAGAAAACCAGACUACAAACUCCAUCGGAAGUAUCAAAAUUGCUUGAAAGUGUUCCUAAAGUGAUUCCUGAUCCACAUGAGCUUCAUCUUAAUUCUGAAGACAUUGUGAAUGACAUGAGCACUGAGAAAGACUCUCCUAAAUCAAUCCUCCGAUGUAAUUCCUCUGUUACUAAUUAUGGAUGGCAGGAUGACAACGAAUCAGAAGAGAAGACUCGUCAUUGCAAUGCAUCUCCUCCAGCAAGAAAGCAGUCCAUAUUCGGAGGGCCUGAUUCCGAACCUGAGGAUGACAAUAUAACCAGCAGAAAGGCUGAGCUGGAAAAAGAUAAACUGGAGGGAGAGGAAUCGGAGACGACGCCUCAUGAGCAGGCAAGAAGAAGCAGCCACGAGGCUGUUAUUGAGGUGCUGAGCAAUGAUGAAAACUCAAAUGAUGGCAAGACAGUUGAGAAUAUGGAGGACUUGGAAAGCGAGAUAUGGUGCCUUGAAGACCCAACAGGUGCGCCGAGGAAGUUCACGACUUCGGCGUUGAAACUUUGGAGUCAGAGGUGUCAGUAUGCGUCCAAAUUCAAGGUGUGGAAGGAAGGUGAGAAUGAAGAUAAUGCAGUUUGGUUGUGCGAGGCGUUUCCAAAGAAGUAGCCGGACCGGACUAACACUUUGUAUCUAGUAGCGUAAGAUGGAUUUAGCUUCUAGGUUAUGAUAAAGUUGUAUCGUUAAUCAAUGUUAAUAACCUACUCCAAAUGUGUAGAUCCACCAACUUAUCAUCGUCUUUAGCCUAAGCCUUUAUUUAAUGAACUCA